AUGAGCCGUCGCUUUUAUCGUAAAUUUGAUCGAAAACUGAAAUUACGACGUAGCUGGGCCCAUACUGAAAUUUCACAAUGGAACGGCAAAACGCACCUUGGACCUGCACUGAUAGGAGGCAGAUCUAGUAGAAAGCAAGUGGAUCCAGAUUUGUUUGAGAAGCUUAAUGUCAUUCUAGAAAACAGAAAGCAAAAAAGAUCAGUCUAA